AUGGUCGACAUCCACGAGCGCCCCGUGGUGCUCGAGCCGGAGCCCGACCAUGCGGCGCCGGCGCCAGCGCCCGUCAACCCGGACCCGUCCUCGAUCUCCGCCGACGCCUGGCUGCCCUUCGAGGACGCCGCGCUCGCCGUCGUCGGCCGGAUCCAGCCCUCCGUACCCUCAGAGGGCCGACGGGCCGCCGUUGUGCAGUACGUCCAGCGACUCAUCAGGUGCACCGUCGGCUGCGAGGUCUUUCCAUUUGGAUCUGUUCCGCUGAAAACAUAUCUUCCCGACGGAGAUAUUGAUUUGACUGCAUUUGGUUCCACAUGGUCUGAUGAAAACCUAGCAAAUGAGGUACGCGCUGUUCUAGAAUCAGAAGAGCUGAGGAGAGAUGCUGAGUUUGAAGUCAAGGAUGUCCAGUAUAUCCAUGCCGAGGUCAAAUUGGUCAAAUGCCUAGUCCAAAAUAUUGUUGUAGACAUCUCGUUUAAUCAGAUUGGUGGACUCUGUACCCUUUGUUUCCUCGAGCAGGUUGAUCAAAGAUUUGGGAAAAAACACCUUUUUAAGAAAAGUAUAAUGCUGAUAAAAGCCUGGUGUUAUUAUGAAAGCCGCAUCCUUGGUGCUCACCAUGGUUUAAUUUCUACCUAUGCCUUGGAGAUAUUGGUGCUAUAUAUUUUCCAUCUUUUCCACCAAUCUUUGGAUGGUCCAUUAGCUGUCCUCUAUAGAUUUCUGGACUAUUAUAGCAAAUUUGACUGGGACAACAAGGGUAUAAGCUUGUAUGGCCCUGUACCAUUGUCUUCCUUACCCGAGCUAGUUUGUGACGCACCAGGCACUCAUGAUGGUGAUUCCCUUGAGCGGGAGGAGUUUCUCAAAGAAUGUGCACACAGGUUUACUGUGCUCCCUAGGAACUCUGAGAAAAAUACUCGAGUGUUCUCAAGAAAAUUUCUCAACAUAAUAGAUCCGCUGAAGCAGAAUAACAAUCUUGGGCGGAGUGUCAGCAAAGGUAACUUUUACCGGAUACGAAGUGCAUUUGAUCUUGGUGCCAGGAAGCUUGGGAAGAUCCUUCAAGUACCUGCCAGUUCUGCUGUGCCGGAAGUGAACCAAUUCUUUAGGAACACAUUGAAGCGAAACCACACUAUGGUAAGACCAGAUGUGCAGGACAUCGCACUGGACUUCAAUGUUGAAAGAGACAACAAGGAUUCUUCACCUUUAUACAGUAAUUCUUUUGGUGAUCUAUCUGAUCAGUUCAACAACAUCAGCAUUUCAGAUCUUAAUAAUCAUGAAUCUUUGAAGGCCAAAGAACAAAAUCUUAUGGUUGAGCACGGGGAAAUGAAGUCCGUUAAUCCUGUAACUAGUUCUAUCAGUACGAGGGAUGCCAGUGACUUAUGUGAGGCUGCGCCAUCAACUAGUGAAAUUUUGCCAUCUUGGAAAGCUCACUAUGCACCACAUCUCUCAUAUGAGCCAGGAAAUGGCAAGGGUGGUGUCAACUAUGAUAGAAACCCGUCACACCAUGGGAUGGCAUCGAAAGGGUCCACUGGAAAUGUGUCUGGUGAUAAGAGUUCACAUCCUGUGGAGAACUGCUUAACCCCAGCAAUAGAGUCAGAUACCAAUGGAGUACACAUUAAAGACGUGGGUGGUGAUGGAGGUACCGUUAGUGACAUUUUGUCAGAUCUUACAGGAGACGACGGAACAAAUUUGAAUAAUCUCUUCUAUGCACAAGGGUGCCACCAAGAUUAUCUAAUGAACCAUGAGUACCCAGUUAAUCAAGUCUACUAUCAAAUGCCUGCUCCACCACCUGCACAGUAUCAGAACAAUCGCUCACCGAAUGGCCAUAGCAGAAGAAAUGGUUACGGAUAUGCUGGUACAAGUGGAAUAUCCCCUGGUUCUUAUCCACCUGGCUAUUAUGUUGUAAGACCAUUUUAUCAACCAGAUGAUCCUAUGCGAGCUCGCGGAACAGGCACCUACUUUCCUGACCCGACUUUAUGCAAGGAUAGGCCACCCGCUGGACGAGGGGAAAGAGGAAGGCAUCAUAAUUUCCAUCCAAAUAACUAUCACAGGGGUCAACGCUUUCCCAGAAUGGAGAUGCCUGCAGAUAUAGCACCAUCGGAGGAAUGGAGGCAAGUCCAUCCAUUGCAGAUUUAUAUUCCUGGCGCACAUGAUCAUGGAAUCCCCUCCCCGUUGAAUAUACCAUUAUCAUCUCCAUCCCCCCGGGCUCCAAGGGAUAAUAUUCGUGGCAAUGGUUUUAUUCACGCACAAGACAAUAAACUUGAAUUCGGUACUUUGGGGGCAUUGCCUUUGGAAGCUAAGGGUACCUCCCAAGACCAAGCCAACAGAUCAAAUUCUGCCACCACCAGUCAACCUUCUAUACCUGUAAGCCCUGUGUCUCCAGCACCAAAUCCUGGAAAGGGUUCUAAUCGUAUGAGGAAUGCUGGGCCAUAUCAUCUCAAGGACAACGGCGACUUCCCACCACUCUCCAGCUGACGCAACAAAAGACAUGUCAAAGCCAAGAGAAAGAUAGUGAUACACCGGGCACACCCGGUGCAGCAAUAGCAGAGGGUUACUCUACAAAAUAAUCAUCAUCAUCAUGUACAUCCUGACUUUAUACCUUCCAUGUUCCCCGGUCGUCGUUCGAUUCGCCGUUCCACCAUAGCACAGCCUGUGCUGCUUGCUAUGACUGAAUUCUCAUGAUGCCCCCGUUCCCCUCGAAAAAGAAAAGAGGAAAGAAAGAAUAAGCACCAUGUAGAUACUUUGUUGAGGGGGGAGAAAAAGAGCUAGCUUAGACUUGUGAUGUUUUGCCCUGAUAGUGUGUAACCUGUUUGGUUUCCGGAGUGGCCUUGUGUUAGAAGGCCCCUUGUCUGAAGUAAACAUUAGAUGCUUGAUGGAAUUGGUAGGUGCAGAGGCAAAACUGUAUGUGCUGUGUUAGAUUUGCAGUUGAAAAAAUUAACCAGGGAUAGUUGGUAGCUGUGCUUUUAA